AAAUGCGUCUCUCCCUCCUUGCUGUUGUUGUCUCUUUGACAACAUCUAUGUUUGUUGGUGCAUGUACGACAGAGUCUGGCUAUUGCAAACUAUCAUCAGAUUGCUGCGACUCCUUGAUUUGUGAUCAGGUUGGGGUGAGUAUGAGCAGGUCGCCGUGCAACCAGGAUCCAAUCACUCACCUACUCGCCUUAGCAUACAUGCAUGCCAGGACUGACAGAGUGGAAAUAGUCGGUAGCCCGAGCGGGAUGUCACGUCAGUGGGUCAUUUUCUGCUUUCGCUUUGGUAUCAUGAUUGAUGGUGCAAUAUCCAGUUGGCGGUGACACAGCCAAUCAGUACAAUUGUUUUUGAACGAAUUUUCGUGUUGCUCGAGCAAUAUGAUCCAGAUGAAUUUUACCAUUGAAUCACAGAAGGAAGACAGACAGACAAGACGGUGAAAGGAAAAGAUAGACAGAUAUACUUACAUAAAUAACCCGACCACAAGGCAGAGCCUGCAAUGGAGAAGAAAUUUAUGUAAGAUGCCUGAGUGAUGGUGGCAUCAUGCGUCUUGGCUGAGCUUCUCGAACCCUCGCCUGGAACCCAAUAGCGCAUUGCUCCAACACUUGGGUUGAUGAUUUUGAUGCAACGAUUGUACCAGACGAAAUUGCAAAGGUCUUCGUAGCAAGAGCGAGCGGAGAUGCAACGGUCCGCGACAAAGACUCGAUGAGGUUUACAGA